AUGGAUUGGCUUGAUAAUAUUUGUGCUGAAAGUCGUUCAAAGUUUUUCGCAAAUCAUCAAGCUCCUAAAAUUCAGCGGGAAUAUAAAGAUGGCCUAAUGAGCACACAAGAGUGCUAUAGCUUGAUAAAGAAAAAUAUAAAGCCUAAGAAUGCCAAUCAAGAAGAAGUAUUUUGGAAAAUACCCAUACUUCUUGUCUGCUUGGGCUGCAUUAUAGUCAUUUUGAUGGCAUUCUGCUUCGCAUUCCAGUGCUUGAUAACUAAGGUAAAAGCAGCAAGAUUGCCUAAGCAACUCGACUUUGACAUUUGCAAAGUCGAAAAUUCAAAAAACCAUUCAAGAAUCCACAAGGCCAGCCAAAGCGAACAACCAACCAAGGAAGAGAAGAAGUGCUGCACUUGCUUGAAUUGAACGAGGUUUAAAAAAAUGACUAUCAAAGUUAUAACAUACAUUUUUAUUCAGAAUGUCAAUUAAAGAGCAAGAAAGAAUGAAACAAUAUUUCACGCGAUGGCUCAACCCUUGCCCUUUCACCACCCUUUCACGUGGCACCCUCGAAAUUC